AUGGAUUCUUUGCAGAGACAUCGCUCGCUUUAUAAAGCAACAACCCCGCCAUGGAAGGAAGUAUUUCGCAAGCGCUGUGUAGAUAGGUUGGAUGGGAGCCGGGCGAGGUUGCUUGACAGAUAUCGAAAGACGGGUGACGGUGAUCCCACAGCCUCCUACAUUGCCCAGGAGGUCAAGGAGAAAGAGUGGACUGUUCCACAGCCAGAGAAUCGGAGAUGGUCAUCCCUUUGGGGCUCAGAAGAUGGCAUUGCAGAGUUGCACACGGUUAUGAAGGAAUACGAUGAACAGGCAGUUUUUGAAGAAAUCCAGCAGGAGCUCCAAUCUGACGAGGUGUCUAUCAUUGAAGAGUAUGAGAGGAACCAACAAAUUGAGCAGCAAUACUUAUCGUGUGUUAUGGAAGGGUUGGAAGAAGCAGCCCAGGUGAUUUGUCCAAUGUGUCACAUGAAUUACUUGAACAUCAACGGUCAUGUCAUCUCCUGCUCAUGUGGCCUCUACAUAAAUACAGAGAUGAAGAACAUCACCCCAGAUGUCCUACGGCAUCUUCUGGAAUCCAGAAUUUUGGAGCACAUGGAAGGAUGCUCCUUUAAUCCUGUUUUUUCAUUGGCUCCCAAUGUCGAGUCCUCUCCCAACCUGCUGAUAAGCUGCAAGACAUGUGACUUCCUCUCCAUCGUCCUGUGA